AUGAACCUGGACCCUCAGACACAAAUAAAAAGACACAGAAAACAUGACUUACAGAAUAGGAAACAGGCUGGACUUAAACCUGAGACACCACUGUUACAUGCUGUGGGCCUUAGACAAAGGUUGAUAUUUUUCAAUCAACAAUCAACAAAUCAUUUAGUUAUAAAGAAAUGUCUUCACAGGAAGAGGAAGAGGAGUGAUGUUUUUGAAGAGGAGCAGCCGCCCAGAACCAGAGCUCGACUGAAGACCAACGGUCAGACCAGCUCUGUACAAAUGAUUGGUGGUCAACGUGAACAUAAGAUCAGUGUGAAGACGACAUGUAAACGUGUGACUGAAGGAACUGAUGAAACAGGAAGUGAAACUCCCCUCAACAGGAUCUACAGUGAGGUCUACAUCACAGAGGGAUGGAGUGAAGAAGUUAAUACCCAACAUGAGGUGAGGCAGCUUGAGACAGCUUCCAAGAUGGAGACCCUCCAUGACGCUCCAAUCAAGUGCAGCGACAUCUUAAAAGCCUUACCUGACCAACAGAAACACAUCAGAGUCGUUCUGACACUCGGCGUUGCUGGCGUUGGAAAAACCUUCUCAGUGCAGAAGUUCUGUCUGGACUGGGCCGAAGAUUUGGAAAACCAAGAUAUCAGUCUGGUGAUUGCACUUUCGUUCAAGGAGCUGAACUUGAUCAAAGAUGAGCAGUACAGUCUUCUGGAGCUGCUCCGUGUUUUCCAUCCAGCGUUACAGGAGCUCACAGCAGAGCAGCUCGCUGGCUCUAAAGUUCUCUUCAUCUUUGACGGCCUGGAUGAAAGCAGACUUUCACUGGAUUUCAACAACAAUGAGGUUGUUUCUGAUGUCACACAGAAGUCAUCAGUCAACGUACUGUUGACAAACCUCAUCCAGGGGAAGCUGCUUCCCUCGGCUCUCGUCUGGAUAACUUCCCGACCUGCAGCAGCCAAUCAGAUCCCUCCUGCGUGUGUUGACAGGGUGACAGAAGUACGAGGCUUCACUGACGACCAGAAGGAGGAGUACUUCAGGAAGAGAGUCGGUGAUGAAGAGCUGUCCAGCAGAAUCAUCUCCCACAUCAAGACAUCCAGGAGCCUCUACAUCAUGUGUCUGAUCCCAGUCUUCUGCUGGAUCACUGCUACAGUUCUGGACCACAUGUUGACUACAGAGCAGAGAGGAGAGCUGCCCAAGACCCUGACUCACAUGUACUCACACUUCCUGCUGGUUCAGACAAAGAAGAAGAAGCAGAAGUAUGCUGAGGGACAUGAGAUGAGUCCACAGGAGCUGACGGAGGCUGACAGGGAAGUUCUUCUGAAACUGGGGAGGCUGGCGUUUGAACAGCUGCAGAAAGGAAACAUCAUGUUCUACCAAGAAGACCUGGAGCGCUGUGGUCUGGAUGUCACAGAGGCCUCGGUGUACUCAGGAGUUUGUACACAGAUCUUCAAAAGAGAGAGUGUGAUCUUCCAGAAAACAGUCUACUGCUUCGUUCAUCUGAGUGUUCAGGAGUUUCUGGCUGCAGUCUACCUGUUCCACUGUUACACCAACAGGAACCCAGAUGUACUGGAGGACUUCCUGGGGAAAAAUUCUCUGGAUGUCUUCCUGAAGAAAGCCAUGGAGAAAUCUCUUGAAAGUAAGAAUGGCCACCUGGACCUGUUUGUCCGCUUCCUUCAUGGCCUCUCUCUGGAGCCCAACCGGAGACUCUUAGGAGGCCUGCUGGGUGAGACAGACAACAGUCCAGAAGUCAUUCAGAGAGUCAUCAACAACCUGAAGAAGAUGAACAGUGAUACGAUCUCUCCUGACAGAAGCAUCAACAUCUUCCACUGUCUGACGGAGAUGAACGACCACUCAGUCCAUCAGGAGAUCCAAGAGUUCCUGAAGUCAGAGAACAGGUCAGAGGAACUCUCUGUGAUCCACUGCUCAGCUCUGGCCUACAUGCUGCAGAUGUCAGAGGAGGUUAUGGAUGAGUUGGACCUGGAGAAGUACAACACAUCAGCGGAGGGACGACUGAGACUGAUUCCAGCUGUGAGGAAAUGCAGAAAGGCUCGAUUGUAUGGCUGCAGUUUGUCAGAGAUCAUGAUUGACCUGAGUGAAAACAAUCUGCAGGAUUCAGGAGUGAAGAAGAUGUGUGAUUUUCUGGAGAAUCAAUACUGCAGACUGGAGACUCUGAGUUCUGCUGAGGAUUCAGAUGUGAAGCUGCUGUGUGAUCUUGUGGAGAUCCCAGACUGUAGACUGGAGACUCUGAGCUUGUUUGCCUGCCGUUUGUCAGAGAUCAACUGUACUCGUCUGGUCUCAUCUGUGACGUCCAACCCCUCCCAUCUGAGAGCACUGCACCUGGGUAUAAACAAGCUGCAGGAUUCAAAUGUGAAACUGCUGUGUGAUCUUCUGGAGAGUCCAGACUGUAGACUGGAGGUUCUGCAGUUGUUUAGGUGCGGUUUGUCAAAGAGCAGCUGUGCUUCUUUGGUAUCAACUCUGAUGUCCAACCCCUCCCAUCUGAGAGAGCUGGACCUGGGUUUCAACAACCUGCAGGAGUCAGAAUUGAAGCUGUUCUGUGGUUUUCUGGAGAAUCCACUAUGUAGACUGGAGAUUCUGCAUUUAAAGUACUCCAAUUUGUCAGAGAGCAGCUGUGCUUUUCUGGCCUCAGCUCUGAAGUCAAACUCCCAUCUGAGUGUACUGGAUCUGAGAAACAACCACCUGAAGGAGUCAGACGUGAAGCUGCUGUGUGAUCUUGUGGAGAGUCCAGACUGUAGACUGGAGACACUGAGCUCCACCCCGUGGAACAAUGGGCUCCUGCUGGAGCAGCUUUCUGCCAGCAGAGGUCAUGGCUUCCUCUGUUUCCCCCAAAAGAAUGAUGCAGCAUCUGUCUGCACUGAACACUGA